GUCCUCGUAUUUCCGGCCCAGAAUCAUCAGUUUCACUUUCGAGCGAAACGGGAAAAACUAUCCUGAAUACAUAAACGAGUGAUGAUUCUCUUGAGCAUUUAUAUUGCUGGGCAUCUUUUCAACAUCUAUUUAAUCAAUGAAGGGGUCAGGCGACACAAGUUUUCUCCUCGUUCUUGUGAUAAUAUUAGCCAGCCAAGCUCCGCAGGAAGUGGUCCCCUUGAUCAGCAAAAAGUACAUGACAUUCUACAUCCCAGAAUACACGAGGCGCUACAUUUACCUGGAGGGGAAGUUCAGCUACUCUGUCCAACUGGUCCUGGCCAAGGGUGACCCAUGGGCGACGAGUUCAAUCAAUGUGAGCAUGCAAGCUGAGCCCAUCGAGUUUAUCAUCAAAGCCCCAGAGUACGCCUACUACGGCAUCAUGGCCAUUGUCCAAAGUCUCAAUUUUCGAACAAACCCACUCUCACCAGAUGGAUGCAGGGACUACAUUCAGUUCUUUGCGGAAGGGAAGAAGGGGUCUUCAGCCCCAUCGCCCAAACUGUGUGGGAGACUUCCCCGUGGGGACCGAGAUCCAAACCCACAAGGUCUCCACCAGCGAACCUACUUCACUCCUCGAGGGAGCAUCAAGCUCAAAGUCCAUGUCGACUCAGCCUCGUCUCGUGAAGAAUAUGCCGAGCUGAACACAAUUGGGGCCGAAAUUGUCUUCACGGGAUACACGUCCUGUCCGGGGAAGGAGGUCGGUGGACUUCAGACAUUGCGACCAUGCUCCUUAAUGGGAGAAUCUCCAGCGUGCAUUCCAGCAUCCCUCUUCUGUGACGGCAAAAUCGACUGUGGAUUUUCCCCCGAGUUUGGGAUUGACGAGGAAGGUUGCUACUAUCCUUAUGUUUACGCGGGGGUGGGGAUCCUGCUCCUGCUUCUCGUCCUCGUCGUCAUCUACGGUUUCGUCCACUGGGUCAGAGUGAAGGCCAAGCAGGGCGCGGCGGCGGCGGGGGGUGGAACCCGUUAUUCACAAGAUGAGGGUGGAGCAGAUCCAGGAAUGUGUGGGGCCGUGGAAAGUGUGGACAUGGACUCGUCAAUGGCAGCAUUUUAAUCGUUUGUUGUAAUUGAAGAGAUGCGUAUUUACUGCAACCGUAUACGUACUUCUCACUCGUUGUCUUGUAAUUUCCAAUACAACUUAGGUUGUGCGUACAAAUUAUUUACAAACACAAAAUUUUCUGUCAACUGAAUUACAAAUUUUAAAAAGAAAUAAGGUUUUUCUCCCUGGAUUAUGAACUUGAGUUAUGUAUGAAAAAUAAGUUAACAAUUAAAUGCAACAAUAGCAAAAAAUAA